AUGCCUCGAGGACAAGCCGGCGUCACCAAAGUCCAUUACAAGGGCUCGACUGAGGACUUCAUCGUCUUCGUCGAGUCUGUAGAGGACUAUGAGAAAUGGAAGGGUGAUCGAAGCGUUCCACUUGCUCAAGUUGUUGACAGCUUCAAGAUCUUCAUUACACACAAGCAUGGUGCACAAGGUCAACUAGAUGGAGCCUCAAAACAGACUCUGCAGAACGAGUUCGGUUCAAGCAAGGAGGAGGACGCAAUCAUCAAGAUUUUGGAGAGUGGCAGUAUGCAACAAGUCGAGAACCUGCCAAACCACCCCGGCCGAAGCGGUGAUCGAAACGAGACUAUGGGUGGUGGUAGAAUGGCUCAUUGA